GACGAGUGCAACGAGCUCCAGCUGGUUUCUUCUUGGACUCAGUCAUUGAGCCCGCCCCGGGCACGCCCCAUGAGGCUCUCGUGCCUGUUUCACCGGAGAUGAUUUCACCGUUGCGCAUGGCUCCAAAGCGCAAGGCCCCAGAAAGAUGUGCGCCCAGUCCAGAAUCACUCGAGGAAAACCUGCUGCGUGAUUCGGCAGGCUCUGCUGCAGAUUGGGUGCUACAGGCCGCCAAUCCUCGCUGCCCGCAACCGACUCAGCGAGCGCCGGCAGGCUUCUUUUUGGACUCAGUGAUUGAGCCCGCCCCAGGCACGCCCCAUGAGGUCCUCAUCCCAAUUUCACCUGAGCUUCCCCCGCCGUUGUACAGCCCGGAGGGCACUGGAUCAGUGGUGCGGAGCUCCGAAUUCGGUGCCGUCACAGAUGAAGCAGCGGAAGCAGCUGCAAUCCCUGAUGCAGCCUUUCAGCAGCCCAUACACCCGACUCCUGCCAGGAGUCGGUUUGAUGUGGAUUCGAGGGCAAGUACGGAUGAGGAGUCGAGCGAUCCUGAGAUCUGCGAUGAUCCUGAUGAGGAGAAGCCGUGCAUGGUCGUAACUAGCAAGGCCGACCUGGAAGAAGCCACAGAACUCUGCCUGGUUCUGUUGCGAGCAGCCGCAGACGUCUUGAAGCAGAGCCCUCACAUGGAGCACCCGUGGGCCGUUCCAGCUUGCCUUGUGGAUGCCCGCCUCGAGGAUGCAAACCCAGCACUCUUUUGGCGUUGCUGGCGGCACUUUUUCUUCGUGCCGAACCAGCCCAAACGGAACACCCUUUCAGAGUUUUUGAUGUUCAGCGAUGUUGCACGACGAGCACGGCGCAAGGCCGGCGCAAUUCCUGACAUGUCGAAGCGUAGGCUGGCAGCCGAGAAUGCACGGACAGCAGGGAUUUUCAUCCGAGAGCUAGGGCUCACAGCUGUCAACAUCCAAUUCGUAUCGCCUCGAGCGGCAUCUUGGGAGCUCAUGGCUAUCCCAGAAGAUGGAAGCCUCGUGAAGGUGGUAAAGUUGGCCGAGUCUCUUUGGGAAGAACUUCGACGGACUUCUACACCAGAUGGGUCAGAGAUUGCGAAGGAAAUUGCACGAGCGGUGCAUGUCUUAGUGCAAUCCCCUAGUAAGGUCUGUGAUGUGAGCGCAUCAGAUCUCGCCGUGUGUCUGUGGGUCGCUGCAUGGUUGAGGGACGCCCAGCCAGAGGUGUUGGAGGUAUUGCCGAUGCUUGUUGCAUCAAUACCUGGCAAGGCUGGCAGUCUGCGCGCACAAGAGCUCAGCGAUUGCAUGUGGGAAGUGGCGUGGCUGAAGGAUGCCGCGCCAGAGGUCGUCCAUGACAAGUUGGCACGACACCCUUCGGACGUGGACUUGAUGGUGCCAAACGUGGCCGAUUUGAUGGAUGCCUUGAUGCAGGUCCUGGAUGCAGUUGUGGAGCAAGCCCCACACGCAGCAGUUGAUAUGUCUGCAAGGGACCUGUGUACUUGCAUUUUCACAGGAAGCAUCUUGCUCGAGGUGUUGUCCCUCAACGAGUCGGACUAUGGAGACUUGGGCCGUGUCUUGUCGGGGGUGGCGGAGCUGCACUUUGAUGUGCCGGAAAUGUUAGAGGCUCUGCCUUCGAUUAUGGCACAAAUCCCAGGCAAGGUUGACGAAAUGAAAGCAGCGAAAAUGGGCUCGUGCUGCAUUUGGGCGGCGUGGAGGUUGCAGAAUUGGGCGCCAAACUUGUUGAAGAUGGUGGCAGAAAUCCUGGACGCGCUUCCCACUUUGAGUCUUCUUGGGUCGUGGAGCCGGUUUGCGCCGGCAUGGUUCAUCGACACCGCCAUGGAUGCAAUCUUGCCGCAGAUUUCAGGCUUCGUUGCUGACAUGGAGGCAGCAGACUUGGGGAAAUGCCUCGUUGCAGUGGCGGCACUGAAAGAUGUGUCGCCAGAAGUGCUGCCCAUCGUGACGCGCUUGCUUCCACACAUUCCAGGCAAAGCUGCCGACAUGUGUGCAUAUUCGGCUUCAAGAUGCCUGUGGGCAGCAAUGAUGUUGAAGGAUGACAGACCAGAGGUAUUGAAAAUCGUUCCGGCGCUUGCCCUUGAGGUUGGGUGCAAGGCAGAGGGUUUGUCCGGACCUGAAUUGUCCGAGAGUCUCUUUGCCGCGUCGAUGCUGAAAGAUGUGGUGCCAGAAGUCCUGACCAUCUUACCCAAUAUCACGAAGCAAAUCUUGAAGCAAGAGACUCGACUGGGUCGACGCUCGGCGCUUGCUCUGCGUGCAGUGGUGAAGCUAAAGGAUGUGUCGCCUUACUACUUGGAGAUCUUGCCUUCGACUGUGACGGAGGCCGUGAGGAACGCCAUCCACAUGUCUGGUCCCUAUUUGGCCUCUUGCCUUUGGGCAGCGGCACAGUUAGUCGAGUUGCGACCAACCAUCCUGAAGCUAGUUCCUGUGAUUGUGCCAGAAGUCAAGAAAACAGUGGCUCGCAUGAGCGCGAGUGGUUUGAUUCAUUGUUUGUGGGCAGCUGCUGAGUUGCAAGAUGUUGCGCCGGAAGUGUUGACGGUUCUUCCGGCCAUCGUCCCCGAACUCCAAGCUCAAGCCAGAAAACAGAAACUGGCACAUUUGGGCCCUUGCUUGCGGGCAGUGUGGUCCUUAGAAGAUGCUUACCCGCAGGUGCUCGCAAUCGUGCCAUCAAUCCUUGCGCAACUUCCUGAUGAAGGUGUUGCGUUAUCGAGAGAGUCCCUGGGCGGAGCAUUGCAAGCUCUUUUGGCAAAGCUGGAGGUCGGAAGCGCUCACAAGCGGCGUGCAUCUGACGAAGCGGACCGCGACGUGAAGCUCAACAUCACAACGGCAGUUGAGCAUGAACCGAAGGAGAAGAAAAGGCGUGUAAUGCAAGAACCUGAUGCGUCACCAGAAAUUUGCCAGUUGGCACAGGUUCCAACACCUGUCCGGGCCGUGGGUGACAUGUCGAAGCCCAACGACGAGGGCCUGGUCUUCGAAACCUCCGAGGAUGUGGAAGUACUGCCUACGUUCGAUGCGCUUGGGCUCAAGGAAGACCUGCUCCGAGGCGUCUAUGCUUACGGCUUCGAGCGGCCCUCGGCGGUGCAGCAACGAGCGAUUCUUCCCAUCCUCAAGGGUCGAGAUGUGAUUGUCCAGUCGCAAAGCGGUACAGGAAAAACCUGCGUCUUCUGUUUGGGCGCGCUGCAGACUGUUGAUACACAGUCACGCGAGCCUCAGGCUUUGUUCCUCUCCCCAACACGCGAGCUGGCGGAGCAGAGCCAGAAGGUUUGCCUGGCAUUGGGUGACUAUCUCAACGUGCAGGUUCAUGUCUGCAUCGGUGGCAAGCGUGUGUCCGAUGACAUCCACACUUUCGAAGCCGGCGUGCAGAUCGUGUCCGGCACACCGGGAAGGGUGUUCCACAUGAUCCAGCAGCGCCAUUUCAGCACACGCCACAUCAAGAUGCUGGUUUUGGAUGAAGCCGAUGAGAUGCUCAACAGGGGCUUCAAGGAGCAGGUCUACGAUAUCUACCGGUACCUGCCACCUUCCACACAGGUGGUGCUGGUCUCCGCUACCAUGCCGCACGAGGUCCUGGAAAUGACCCACAAGUUCAUGAAUAAUCCUUUCCGCGUCCUGGUGAAGCGUGACGAGCUGACGCUGGAAGGCAUCAAGCAGUUCUUCGUGGCCGUGGAGCGCGAGCAGUGGAAGUUCGAUACACUCUGCGACCUGUACGACACUCUCACGAUUACCCAGGCGGUGAUCUUCUGCAACACGAAGCAGAAGGUGGAUUGGUUGACACAGAAGAUGCGUGAUGCCAACUUCACGGUUGCUUCAAUCCACGGUGACAUGCCCCAGAAGGAGCGAGAUGCAAUCAUGCAGCAGUUCCGCUCGGGCACAAGCCGAGUGCUGAUCUCCACAGACUUGUGGGGGCGUGGUUUGGAUGUGCAACAGGCAGGCCUCGCGGACAUUUUCGGUGCGGCUCGCGUGCAUGAUGCAUUCUGCCUGCAGGUGUCUCUGGUCAUCUGCUAUGACCUGCCGAACAACCGCGAGCUGUACAUUCAUCGCAUCGGUCGAUCGGGACGAUUUGGGCGAAAAGGUGUUGCCAUCAACUUUGUGAAGUGGCUCGGCAGGAACGAUGACAUUCGUAUUCUGCGAGAUAUUGAGCAGUGCCCAUCUCAGAGUAAGUUCUUCAUCGACGACAGCAUGAUCAGUAGCAGCAACGGCCGCAACGACGAUGCCGGAGACAAGGAGCUGGACCAGGCGGAGGAGGAGGCUACAAUCAUGUCUUGUGGUUUCCUGCCUUCCGACUUCACAUGCCUCUCCCUGUUAACCGAGCAGCCGGGGCCUGUAGCUUUCCUUCUUCUGAAAGUCGCAUUGGCCCAAGACCGGCCAUGCGGCCGCAGAUGUUAUGAGGACGGUGUUGGACGCUUGGUUGCACAAGAGCAGCCGCGUCGCCGAGAGGCUAGCUGUGCGGAGGUGAGGCUUUCCUCCGAUGACCUCGGACAUAUCGAUCGCGCCAGACGCGAAGCGCCCGCGCCUGGAUGGAGGUCGGGGCAUCAGAAUUUUGUCAGUUUGUGCAACGACUCCUCGGUGCAGCACAUAUACUUCCCAGCGAAAGCCUGGCCAUGGUUGUUUGUCGUCGAUCCCCUUAAUUCGGCGUAUUUCAUCGCGCUGUCACUGUCCAAAGCCGACUCAGUGGCGAUGUCACAGCUGGCUGGCAGCCAGUCAGGGUACGCCCCUGUCCCUCAACAUGACACCUCAGAUGUGCCUGGCCCUCAGUAUCCCCUCACGGGCGAAGGCAUGGAGAAAGGUGAGCCGGAUGGCUGCAGCAGGGAAUGCGCCGGUAUCUCCGAGAUUCUAUGCACUUGGAUGAACCUCUUGCUCGUCUUCGUGCCACUAGGAGUAUACAGCCAUUUCUAUCACUGGAGCGCGGCCGCGCGCUUUACGUGUAACUUCGUGGCUAUCGUUCCCUUGGCCGCCAUCCUGGGCGGUUCCACAGAAGCCCUGGCCGCCCACACCGGACAAAUGAUCGGCGGGCUUUUGAACGCAACGUUCGGAAACGCCGUGGAGAUGAUCGUGACUGUGAAUGCCAUCAAGGCAGGCCUCGUCAAUGUAGUGCAGGGGAGCCUUUUGGGGUCAAUUCUCUCGAACAUGCUCUUGGUCCUUGGCAUGUCCUUCUUUGCGGCUGGGGUGGUGGAAAAAGAGAGCAGGUUCAGUGCCAAGGGGGCCUCCGCCAACAUGACAUGCUUAACUCUGGGAUCCAUUGCUCUGGCCUUGCCCACGAUCUACAACUGCAUGGAGAAUACCUCCACAGAGGAUGUGCUGAGUAUCUCACGCAUCUCCUCAGCAGUCAUCGCAUUCGUCUACGUGCUCUUUCUCGUCUUCCAGCUCUUCACGCAUGCCCACCUCUUCGCAGCAGAGGGCGGCGAGGACGAAGAAGUCUCCAUUUCCGCUCUCUCGGCUGUCCUUCUGCUGAUCUUUGCGACACUCGCCGUGGCCGUAUGCUCCGAAUAUCUCGUGGACUCUAUCGAGGGUGUCACCGAGGAAUUUGGCCUGCCAGGAGCCUUCAUUGGUGUGAUCUUGCUUCCGAUUGUGGGGAAUGCCGCCGAACAUGCAACCGCCGUUACCGUGGCCUUCAAGGGCAAGAUGGACCUAGCAUUGGGGGUCGCGGUCGGAUCAUCGACGCAGAUAGCUUUGCUUGUGGUGCCAUUCUCGGUCAUUGUUGGCUGGGCAUUUGAUGUGCCGAUGUCUCUAGACUUCCGGAUCUUCGACACCACGGUGAUGAUUCUCUCCGUGUUCAUCACGCACACCGCACUUCAAGAUGGCUGCUCAAACUGGCUGGAGGGAUCGAUUCUGAUCGCCAUCUACGUCCUGAUCGCCAUCAUCUGCUGGUACAUACCUGAUGCAGACGGGUCUCAAUGA